AUGGCCAUGGGCCUCCACAGGGGCCACGGGGCGACCGAGAAUGUGAGAAAGCAGAGGCACAGCACAUCACCAAGCACCGAAUUCAUACGGGACAUGAUCCCAGAGGUGUGUGGCUUUGCCCCCUAUGAGCGGCGUGCCAUGGAGCUGCUCGAGGUCUCUAAGGACAAGAGGACCCUGAAAUUCAUCAAGAAAAGGGUGGGGACGCACAUCCGUGCCAAGAGGGAGAGAGAGGAGCUGAGCAAUGUCCUUGCAGCCGUGAGGAAGGCAGCGGCCAAGAAGGACUGA